AUGAAGACACUUUCCUUUCCGAAGGGCAAAGACACUACCAAGACAGAGGCAGAGCACAAGGCUGAAAAGGCUGCAGAAGAUAAGAAACGCAGAGCUCGCAAGGAGCUCGAACUUUUUGGACCAGAACGCGAACGGCCUGGAGCUUUGAACGCGAGUGAAACUUGGUGGUGUCAACAUUAUUCAUGGUUGAAGAGUCAAGGGUAUCUACUUCGUCCUCGGUACGCACCAGGUUGGGUGCCAUCCUGGGAGGGUACCGAGCGUGAUCUAUAUACUUGUGAAGAUGGUAAUUGUAUACGGUUUGGCCAAAUCAUGGAUGCAACACGCGUAUCCGACGGUGUAUAUGUCUCUCUCAAAAUUGUGGAGAAGUCGAUACACCCUUAUGAGGUAGAGAUCGGGCAAUGGUUCAUGUCAGAGCCACUUGCGUCGCAUCCCAAAAACCAUUGUGUUCCUUUCUUUGAGGUGUUAUCACCACCGAACAAUGAAGAUAGUCAGUUGAUUGCUAUGCCGCUGCUGCUUCCUUUCGCUGAGCCACGAUUCGACACAUUUGGCGAGGUGAUGGAGUGUUUUCAGCAACUAUUUGAAGGUCUGCUGUUCAUGCACAACAACCAUGUGGCACAUCGCGACUGUAUGUGGAUGAACAUAAUGAUGGACGCUAAAGACCUAUAUACCGAGCCUUAUCAUCCCGUUGACCGCCACAUGAAACGUGACUUCAGUGGCCGUGUGAAGCAUUAUACUCGCACUCAGCGACCACCAAAAUACUACUUCAUUGACUUUGGCUUAUCACGUCGAUACGAUUCCAGCGAGGCCAAUCCCCUGGAGUACCCGAUUUUUGGCGGCGACAAAUCGGUACCAGAAUUUCAAAACAAUGCCGACGUCCCCAUGAACCCAUUCCCCACUGACGUCUACUACCUCGGCAAUGUCAUUAGAGAGGAGUUUAUGGAGACACAAAUAGGUUUUGACUUUCUGAAACCUCUCGUAGACGAUAUGAUUCAGACUGAUCCCAAUGCAAGACCUACGAUGAACGAGGUAGUCGAGCGUUUUGACUUGAUUCGACAGCAGCUCAGCUCAUGGAAAUUACGCUCUCGUGUCAUUGCAAGAGACGAAGAUAUCUUUGAAACUGUAUAUCGCAGUGCCAGCCAUUGGAGGCGACGGAUAGGUUUUAUUGUAAAGCGUGCACCAGCCAUACCUCGCUUUCAGGAAUGA